AUGAGAUUCUCUACACUAGAGAAAAAGGCAAAACUUGUCAAAAAUAGGCUUCAGAAAAUAAGCAAGUUUGUGUCAGCCCAAAUUACUCUCUCAGAAACUCAAUCAUUAAAUGUUGUUUCCAUUCAGCGCUUACACAACUAUGAUGAUGAAGUUAGAGGUUUAUUCUCUGAUUUUAAAGCUUUAUUCGAUAAAGUGGUUUAUGAUGAUCCUGGUUCUGAUUAUGACGAAACUGAAGCAUGCUCUAUGCAAGAUGAAAUUUCGGACUUGUACAUUUCUCUGAUCAGUGACUUGAAAAUAGUGUUACCUGCUAAAACUAAAGAAGGAACACCUCCCACCCAACCAUCUCUGCGACUGCCCAAAUUUGAGUUGCCCAAAUUCAGCGGUAACUACGAAGAAUGGGUUAGCUACUACAAUAUUUUUGAGGCUUCUAUUAAUAGGAAUGAAACUUUGGCCCCUGUGAACCCCUGUUUUGACAAACCUGGAGAAAUUGAUCUAUUGAUCGGAGCUGAUUUAUUCGCUCUCUCACUGACUGGUGAGCAGCACUUCUUAGGCCAUAACCUGCCCCAAGUUUUAGGAACUAUAUUCGGAUUUGUUGUAAUGGGCAUAGCUCCUGUUGCUACAUCUGAGUUAUCAAUCCCAAAAACUGUUUCUUUUCUCACUACACAUGAUGGAGACCUUCACAGUUCACUUCAAAGGUUUUGGUCAAUCGAAGAACCCCCGACAUGUGUCAAGACUCAGUCAGAAGAAGAUGUUCUCUGCUUACAGCAUUUUGAAAGAACCCAUACACGUGAUAACUCUGGUCGAUAUGUUGUUAAGUUACCGAAAAGACCAAAUCAUCCACUAUUAGGUGAAUCUUGUAGUACAGCUCAACUUAAACUUAAAGCGAUGGAAAUAAAAUUUGCUGCUCAGUCCGAAUUCAAAGAUUUAUACUCCGAAUUUAUGGAUGACUACAUCAAAUCAGGUCACAUGAGUGCAUGUGAGCAACCCCUUUCUGGUGAAUGUUACUAUUUACCCCAUCAUGGAGUAUUUAAGGAGAAUCCCCCUAAUUCCAAAAUACGAGUCGUAUUUGAUGGUAGUUCCAAAACAAAUAAUGGCGUCUCCCUAAACGAUAUCCUCAUGCCUGGCCCUAAGUUGCAGAAUGAUAUUAGUGAUGUCUUGCUGUACUUUAGGUGUCACAAGUUUGUGUUCACUUGUGAUAUACGACAGAUGUAUCGCCAGAUUCUGGUGGCUGAAGAUGACAAGAAAUAUCAGUUAAUCUUUUGGCGAUCCAAUCCUGAUGAAUCCCUUCAAGUCUUAAAGCUAAAUACCGUCACCUACGGUCUCAACUGUUCCCCGUUCAUUGCGAUCAGAACAUUACAACAAUUGGUCAAAGAUGAGGGUCAUUCAUACCCCAAGGCGUCUGAGAUUCUAACUAAAUCAAUAUUUUAUGACGACAUCAUCGCUGGAGCAGAAAGUCUUGAUGAAGCUUUGUCUGCACAGAAUGAACUCAAGAACUUGCUCGCUAGAGGAGGUUUUGAACUCCGAAAAUGGAUUAGCAACGCACCCCAACUAUUGGACCAAGUCCCAAUUGAACACAAAGAGACUCCAGUGGAGUUAACUGAAAAUAGUGAAGCCUUCUUCAGUGUCCUAGGUCUAAAAUGGACCCCAGAGUCUGACAUGCUUUCUUACAAGGUUAAGGAUGUUGAAAUAAGUGCUAUACUUACAAAGAGAAGAAUAUUAUCUACAAUCGCUAAACUGUACGAUUUACCAGGAUUUCUUACACCCGUAAUUUUCUGGGCAAAAACACUUAUUCAGUAUCUCUGGACAACAGGGCUAACUGGGGAUGAACCUGUUCCAAAUGAUGUUAGAACCAAGUGGCAUUUAUUCUUAGAAGAACUCCCAAUAAUUCAAGAAUUAAGAAUUCCACGCUACAUUUCUACUUCUCUGCAUACGGCUGUGCAACUCCACGGCUUCAGCGAUGCUUCAGAGAAAGGCUACGCUGCUGUUGUCUACCUUCGUGUCACUGACUCUCAAGAGAAUACAAGGCUCUAUCUCAUCGUCUCUAAAUCAAAAGUCGCUCCUUUGAAAAGAAUUUCUCUGCCACGGCUUGAACUUUGUGGCGCUCACUUACUGGGAAAACUUCUUCAAUAUUCUUCAAACAUACUCUCUGCUCAUAUGAAGAUUGAAUCAAUCUAUGCUUGGUGUGACUCCACAAUUGUCCUAACCUGGAUACGUACUCUUCCAUACCGCUUGAAAGUCUUCAUUGCCAAUCGUAUUUCAGAACUCCAAGAAUUGGUCUCUCCUCACUCAUGGAAUUAUGUCAAAUCUCAAGACAACCCGGCAGAUUGCGCCACUCGUGGUCUUUCACCCUCUCAACUUGUGACUCAUCAUUUAUGGUGGAAUGGACCGGAAUGGUUACAGUCAUCGUCAGAUUCUUGGCCUAAGCCAAAAUUCACACCUGUUAUUGAUGAUGACACUCUUGAAAUAAGGCCAAAUCCUCUAAACGUUCUAGCAACCACAGAGAAGAUUAAACUCACUGAUUUUGAUAUACUAGAAAAAUAUUCAUGUUUCAGGAAACUUGUAAAUGUCAUUGUAACCUUUCGUAACCUUUCCCAAAUUUGCCUCAGCUUUCUCAGGGAGAAGGGGUGGUCCAACUCAAAGCUUACACCUUACUAA